AUCCCUUCACUAUUUAUACCCUCCUCCUUAUCCAUUUCUCUUCAACAAUUCUCAAAACAAUAUUUACAAGAAACUGCCGGAAUCAUUUUCAAUGGCACUCUUCAAAAUCCUUCCCGUUCUUUCCCUCACUCUCCUUUCCCUUUUCUGCUUCCCAUUCUCCGAGGCUACCAGGUUCGACAUCACAAACAACUGCCCUUACACCGUGUGGGCAGCGGCCUUGCCCUCCGGCGGCGGGCAGCAAAUAAACAGCAACGGCGGGACAUGGGGCCUCGACGUCCCGGCGGGGACCACCAGCGGUCGCAUAUGGGGCCGGACCGGCUGCAACUUCGACGGUUCAGGGAACGGGCACUGCCAGACCGGCGACUGCGGGAACGUGCUCGCCUGCAGGCUCUCGGGGGCUCCGCCGACAACGUUGGCGGAGUUCUCCCUGAACCAGCCCAACAAUCUGGACUUCUACGACCUGUCGGUGAUCGACGGGUUCAAUGUUCCGAUGAGCUUCAGUCCAACAUCCGGCGGCUGCGCCUCCCUCCGGUGCCCCGCCGACAAGUGCUCCGAUGCCUACCUCUUCCCGGCUGACAAUACUAAAACCCAUAGUUGCCCUUCAGGAACCAACUACAGGAUUGUCUUCUGCCCUUGAAGAAGAAGAUUACUGUAAUAUAAUUGCUACCUCUGAAAUAAAGGAAGAUACUAGGUAUAUAUAUAGAUGAUCGGUCGAUAAUAUGAUGAAUAAGACGGCGUCAAAAUAAACACAUUUACCGUGUGUAGCUCUCCUCACUAAAACACUUGUCCAGCUCGUUUGGAUUACAAAGUUUUAUGGAAUAUCUUUGCUUUCAUUAAAUUGAUCAUUAAUUAAGGUGUUUUUCAUCUGAUUACAGUGUUUUGUCCAGCUCGCGCGUGUAAUUCAUAAUAGCAUUAGCUAGGCGGAGUAUUAAAACAAACAGAUCGAGACUGAGACAAACAAAUGCCCCUUGCGAUACUAUGCGAACCCCUUUUGCGAUAGUCAGCCCGUGCGCAUUUGUCCUUCCCCCAAUUCUCCACUCUCAUUUAAUAAAAGUAUGUUGCACACUUGCGGCCCAAAAAAAAUCAUUUAAGUAAGGGAACAUCGCACAUUUCGUCUCUGAAAUAGUCGACAUAUUGAAAUAUCAGACCCGUAUUUCGGAGGUUGUAAUUGUCACACCUCAAUUGCCCAAAUUGCUGUAAAUGUG